AUGGCGAGUGGCUCGUCAAGAGACCACCCUCCUCCUUGUUGUAGGCCCCCCCCCUGCUUUGCAUUCCCAAAUACGCAUGAUCCUGUCGAGCAUGUGGCUUUGACGUAUCCGGGGGGCCCCAUUGCUUUUGCUUCCCAUGCGGAGGCAUUGGCCUCCUCCUCUUUUGUUAAACGGAGGUGGGCGAUCAUGCUGCUGCGGAAGCUCCUGCCUGGAGUGCCGCUGCAAAAGCAGCUUGCAGCAGACGGAGCGUGGCUUCUGCCAUCUUCGAAGUCUCUUUCUGGCCUUAUUAUAGGCGUGGUACAAGAGGGGGCCCACGUUGAGGCCCCUCCGGAGGACCUUGUGGAGGUGUGGAGACAGAGAAGUCCUCAAUGUGGGGAGCAAGCGACAAGAGGCGCAGGGAUCGUAGCGGAGGAUACACCCCGAGGGGCCCCCUUGCUGCGGCUACCCAGAGCUCUGCUACUGUCAACUGCAGACGCUCCAGCCUUCAUUAGAGACAACUGUCUGCUAGAGAGCAGCAGACCUAGGCAAAAGCAGCAGAAACAGCUCACGCCGUGCAGCUCUGAGGAACUGCUGGCAGUCCUCUUGGUGAAGGAGUUGCUGUUGCUGAGGCAUCUGCGGAUGCAAGAGCCGACAGCAGCAGCAGCAGCAGCCUCAGGCUGCCUGCUACACACGAACAAGCGGAAUGCGCCUUACUUCGGGCCGUUCUUGUGGAAGGCCUUGUCUCUAGUGCUGCCACACCAGGCUGAGCAGCAGCAACAUCUGCAGCAACAACUGCUGCAUUUAGUCCGAGGCUCCCUAGCCGCUGAGCUAUCAGACGCAACACAGGACGACAUCAAGAUGGCUGUCUCCCUGGUGCACGCUCGGAGUGUGUGGGAUGGUGAAGGACAUGUCGCUGUCUCAGCUCUUGAUGAGCUUCAAGCAUACCACUGGAAUUCAGACUGGGCAAUCCAGCACGAAACCUCUGCAGAAGGCCUCGUUUGGAGGGCUCCUCGGGAUAUACGACGCGGCGAAAACCUAUUCGUAAACUAUGGGCAGUACAGCAACGCCCAUCUCCUAUUUCACUUUGGUGUGGAGUUGUCGGGAAAUCCUUGGGGUCCUGCCUUCUUUUGGAGAACAGAUAUAGGGGAGAUUCCCUACGCGGCACUGCCCAACGCAGUAACAUCCGUCUCCAUUCUGCGCUCGGCUGUAUCUUCUUCGUCCGCCCUCCCUUUAUGGCUCCAAGGCAGUGCGUGGGCCCCCAAGGAGGGGCCCUGUCAUCCUCCCCUGGAGGGCCCCUCUUGCGCUGCACCCAAGCUGGACUUUGAAGAACCCCGCGCGGAUCGCGUCUUUAGCGCUCAGGCCAUGAGCCCCGACGGGCAAAUCGGCAUUAUUUGCGAUCAACGCGUAUUUACCUUGCGCGCAUUCGGACGAGGAGCCUUUGUGCUCUCUCUCUUUGGGGCCGUCGGAGGAGUGGAUGCCACGGUUUAUAAGUGUGUUCGAGUCCUCAGAUUUGGGGAGGUUACUGAUGCAUUAGAGCGCGAAGUCUUGACCAGUCGUUUAUUUCAUGACGCCUGCAAGCAGCACCACGUGCAGCUGUCUCAGGCAGAUCAUGUGCUCAAAGGGGGCAUAGCAGCUACUGAGAAUCAGCUGCUGUUGCUCCAGCGAACAGGUCCGCCUGCAGCACUAGAGGAGGCCAGUGAAGAGCUGCAUCGACUCAAGGCAAUGCAGAGAGCAGCCCGCGGCAACAAACUAUUCACUGACAAGUGCAUACGGUACUUCUCGAAAAUCGUUUCCGCGCUUCAUCAAAAGAAAAGAGGAGCAAGGCGCAGAAAUACACAUCGGACCUGA